AUGAAGCUGGAUGCAACCCACCUCACGCUGUUUGCCUGGUUUGUUGUCGGUGGAGAAACUUCUUCCACAUGCAGACAGCCGCCAGGACACGUGCUGAUGCAGGUAGCCGUAUCCAACCUCACUCGAGUUGAACCUGAUCUCGCUUCCAAAGGACCUCGGCUUCAAGGUUCGGUCUGCGACCAGCUGAUCGCAUCAUUGCCCUGCAACCAGUCGUUGGUCUUGAACGAGUCCUUUGACAUGAAUGCACGCUGCCCCGGCCAUUGCCCCUACCAUGCCAUGGAUCAACGCCAUGGGAUGUCCUUUUGCACCGCCAGUUGCGUGGCGGCCUCCCAAUGUGCAAGAUACAAUCCCGAUGCGCCCGUGGCAGAUCAGGAGGCUGGCACCUGCCGUGGAGCCCUGGUUGAUGGCUGCUACCGGCCCAAAUUGGACGGAACAGACAGCUGCUUGCAAUGUGCUGCCUGGUAUGAGCAAACCCCAAGCGGGCAAUGCCAGGUCCAAUAUUUAUGGGUCGCUUACCUGGUGGCGGCCAUUUCGGGAUGUGCCUUACUGCUGAUCUUGGGCUACCUGGUACAUCUCCACUGCCGGCCGAUCACCAACUUGCAGGGCCUCAAUGAAGGCUUAGGCGCCCGGUCCCAGCAGAAGUACCGGGAUCCCACGGAUCGUCAGCUGUGGCCGUGGAUGACCAACCUUUGUCGAACUGAAGUCGGUGGGCCUGGAUUGAUGCUCCACUUCAACUUCUUGGCUGCCGUGGUGGUUUGGGCUUUGGCUGUGGGACUUGGUUGGGUGGUGUUGGCCUACCUUGUGGAUACCGAGCUCCUGGAACUGGGUCGGAGACCUUAUGGCACGGCAUACAGGAACUGUGUCCUAGUGGCCUUUGGGCAUAGCACUCAGCAGAGGCUCAUGUGGGCAAAGCUGCUCUACCUGGCUAUGGUGUACCUAGCCACCUUUCUGGGCUCCUUGGCGCAUGGCCUCCGCCAGCGACGCCUCUUCCGCCAGAGCAACGUGCAAGAUACCAUGAAGGCCUUCUCGGCCCUGGUCAAGGGCUUGCCGUCAAUCCCUGCUUCCGAGGUCCACGUGGAAUCGGACUUGGCGCAUGUCGUGUCCUCCUUGACCGGACAAGUCGUCAUUGGGGUUUCGGUUUGCUGGAACUUUGGCCACGUCAAGGCUGAAGUUGAUCAGCUUCUUCAGCAUGACACCUCUGCAAGUACCAGUGAUGUACCGGAUGUCCAUUCGGGAUGGCUUCACCGGACUGUGAUGCAAGUGGAGAAGGCAUUGCUCAGACGAUUGGAAGGAUCUCAGGAGGAGCCCCAAGAAGGUGCUGCGCUGGAGCUUUUGCGUGGGGUGCGAAGCAGUUCAGAAGCCUAUGUGGUCUUCGAAACCCGCGCAGGUCGAGACAGAGCAUUGUCCACCUUGUCCCAAGGCUUCUCCUUCCGAGGCCAUCACGUGAGUAUGGCAGCUGCUCGCCACGAGCCCCGCAGCAUUCACUGGCAGAACUACGAUGGUUCCUGCCAGUCGGUGAAGUGGUGGAAGCUGCUGAAAGGUUGUUGUUGCAUUCUUGCUGGACUGGUCACUUGGGCGUGCGUUUUUUACUUGCCGUAUGCUUGGUCCAUUCUCACCUUCAACUACGAGGGUGGUCGGCAGCCUGGCAUUCUCUACAGUUUAUGUUUUUCCAUCAUCGUGGUCAUUGGCAAUGUCUCAAUGUACCAAAUUUGUGCCACAGUGGCGGAUCACGUCGGCUUCAAGUACAAAGAAACACGUGAAGCGUGUUACAUGAUCCUUUACUUCAUCUCAGUGUCGCUGAACGUUUUGCUGGACCUGGCGAUGACGUACUACAUGUCCUUCGCCAUCAUGGUGCAUUUGGGUUUCCGUACCCACGAGGGCGUCCCCUUGACGAAGCUGCCCUACUUUGUGCAGCGCUUCGAGGCCUAUGCCAUACAGAGGGCAAUGGGUCAGAACCUGUACGAGUAUGCGUUUCCAUCAACCUUUUUGCUCCCAUUCUUGGGCGAGCCAGCCGUGGCCGUGGGUGGCCUCUUGCGGCUGGGCAUGCUCUUGGUGCGGUCACAUCCGGAAAUGGGCCGCCGCGCUACCAUGUCCCUGCUGGCAGCGCAAGACUUCGAAUUCGGUCGCUAUGCUGACACCUUGCUCAAUGUGGCUCUGGCCGUGGGUUCCCCAGACUCUGACUACUUUGAUUUCUUUCUGCUCAUUUCUACGAAUCCAAAUGGAGUCUACGCAGUGUUUUAUGGCUGUUUCGACCGCUUUCACCAUUAG